AUGCCUUUUGUUACCCCAUUAGCACCUUCAAUGUACUUUGUUGUUCCGGAUCCACAAUUGCAUGUUAAGAUUGUGACCCAAAUCGAUUAUUAUUUCAGUAAUGAGAACUUGGUGAGAGAUAUAUACUUGAAAAGAAACAUGGAUGAACAUGGCUGGGUUCCUGCUAGCUUAAUAGCAGGCUUAAAAAAAGGUGAGAAGAUAUGGAGGCGAAAUAAUUCGAUGAAGUGGAUGAUGUCUGUAGGAGGUCCAUCAAGUCCUCAAGCUGCAAUUGGGAGAUCUUCAAAUGAUAAUGAAGAGUUAGUGUCAAAGCUUUUGGGUGUUCAUCUGGCAACUUCUCAGGAAAAAUUCACUACUCAUGGAGGUUCAAUGGAUUGA